AUGGAGAGAGAGGUCGUUGCCGCAUUAGGCAAAGGUGAGCCAGAGGAGAUCAUGAGCAGUGCCUUCAACCUAAAGGUGACUCGUGAGGACAUCCACACCCUAAGGAACGGUUGCUGGCUAAAUGAUGAGGUCAUUAAUUUCUACAUGGGUCUUGUGAUGGAGAGAAGUAAGAAGGCAGGAUAUCCAUCAGUCCACGCUUUUAGGUCCUUGUUUUAUGAAAAACUAGCUUCUGGGGGCUACAGGACAGUAAGAAGAUUGACCAGACGCGUGGAUGUCUUCCAGAAGGACAUCAUCUUCGUGCCCAUUAACUUGAGCUUGCACUGGGCACUAGCGGUCAUAGAUAUGAGAAAGAAGACCGUCAAAUACUUUGACUCCCUGGGGCAAGAAGGAGGGGACAAGAUUUGUGAGACUUUGCUCAAAUACCUGCAAGAGGAGAGCCGUGAAAAAACACACGUGAAGCUGAAUGUUUCAGAGUGGACUGUUCACAGCAUGGAGCCACAUGAAAUCCCUCAGCAAUCAAACGGAAGCGACUGUGGCAUUUUCACCUGCAAAUACGCAGAUUACAUCUCGAGAGACAGACCGCUGACCUUUACACAGAUCCACAUGCCUUAUUUCCGCGAGAGGAUGGUCUGGGAAAUACUCCAUCGAGAGCUGCUGUGA